GGAAAAUCUGCCGGGGGGACUACGGAGAUUAUAUCAAGUGGAUUUGACAAGUAACUCAGUCCGUGAGAAUGAGGCCGUAAAACCGUUUUGACUAAAGUGAUAGCAUAAUGGAUAUCCACCGAGUUUAAGAGCAACAGCGGAUUUCGGGAGCCCAGCUCGAGUACCGCUGUCAUCUGAAGUUGAAUAUCGCAAUCACUACAAUGACUGAGUCCUCAAAACCGCCUUUAGGGAGGAGAAUGAAGGCACGUGCCCCACCUCCGCCGCAGACCCCUCUACCUGCCCCACGCCACAUCUUCAGAAACACUGUACCUGAUGGGGGAGGGACAUCAGGCGUGGACGCCAAGGAGAACAUGCUGAGGCCCACUGUGGAUUUACAGAUAACCCUACCACAGGGAUACCAGACUUCUGUAACUGAGGAUGGCAGCAAGGCACUUAUGGACCUGCUGGUCGAGCUGUGUAGCCGCCACCACCUGAAUCCAGCGCUGCACACCCUGGAGCUGCUGUCGCCCGAGGGCCACAAUUUGGGGUUCAAGCCCAACGCGCUGCUGGGCUCCCUCAACGUGGCCUGUGUCCUCAUCAAGGAGAAAGUCUGGGAGGAGAAAGUGGUGCGCAGACCAGCACCCAAAGUGCCAGAGAAAACAGUGCGUUUGAUGGUGAACUACCACGGCAGCCAGAAGGCAGUGGUCCGGGUCAACCCGUUGGUACCACUCCAGGCUCUGAUACCGGUCAUCUGUGAUAAGUGUGAGUUUGACCCUGAGCACGUCCUGCUCCUGAAGGACAGCAUCAGACGCCACGAGUUACCGCUGGACAAAUCUCUGCUGGACCUGGGGAUCAAGGAGCUCUACGUACACGAUCAGAGUCUAGUUCUCCAGCCUAGAAUGGCUUCUGCCCCUGCUCUUAACUACUCAGACUCUAUCCACUCCAGCACUAACAGUUUGGGCAGAGCAGAGAAGAAAGGCCUCCUGGGUAUCUUCCAGUUCAGCAGGAGGAAAACCAAGAUGGAAACAACAUCUUUGGACAUGGAUGGCUGUGAUGAUAAAGUAAUCCAAAAUACAGACACACAAUACGAUGGUCUGUCCACUGCGUCAGGGGUCCCCACCAUAGAAGAUCGGCCCAGCACCUUGGGCCAGUCUCAGUCAGUCAUGAACAUAGCCAGGUUGUCUCCCAAGGCUGAUGCCAAGAAGAGGAGGGCACCAGCACUACCUGGGGCCCCAACACCCACCAUGGGACACACUAGCUUUGAGGGCUAUGAGAUGGGCCUUGGCUCAGAGAGCCAGCAGAGGAAAAGAAAGGCUCCAGCAGUACCUCCCACCCCAGGCCCUGAUGACACUUCAACCUCUUCCACUCCCUCCCCUGAUAGCCACACUACUGAAGCGCCUACCCCAGCCUUCCGUAGCAAGGUGGCACAGUCAAACACUGUCUUUUCUACCAUUGUGGCAACGCAAACAGUAAAACCAGUCCCCUUGAAAUCAGCAGUACAACCUCCACCUGUGUGCGCUGCCACCCCGACCUCCAGCUCCCCGACCCUCAGCUCCCCGACCCCGAGCAGCAGCACCACCGACAGCCUGGCUGUCCAGGAUUCCAGCUCUGAACUCAGCCACAGCAUCAACGACUCAGACACUGACCUAGACCAGGCCGUGUCUUACUGCAGCACCCUCACCAGCAGCACAGAGAGUGGGUCUGUGCUGGUCCAGCCUGCUACAAAAAGCUCCAGCACCAGGGUGAAGAAAUUGGAAAAGGCCAGCAGCACCGAUGCCAAGUUAAGUCAAGAGGUGACAUCAGCCAGCAGCUCCAGGUCGGAGACUGAGUCGGCCCUGAACCUGAAACUGGAUGACGUUGAGAACAACAGACAAAGCGCAAUGGCUUGGCUCCACUCAAUGCAAAACUCCACAGCCAGUUGCCGGAAACUAGAAACUGGAACGCCCGAGGAGGAGACCUCGUCCUUGGGCAGCAGCAGCGGCGGCAGCAGCCUGCCCGACCAGGGUUACGCUGCCUCUGAGGGCAUGGCAGAGGGCGAGGACUCAGGCAUGGUCAACUCUCCAUCGGACACCCUACCCACAUCCCCAGAUGGGAGUUUGUCUCUGGAUGGAAAUAGUGGAGUUGGAACAGAGAGACUACUGGGACCAGUGCGGGGAAAUUCCAGUGACAGUGACGAGGGAUGUGCCACCUGGGGAUCAAGACACAGGCACAAUGACAUCAGCCCACAGGCAAAGUCGGGCAGAUUAAAAGACAGCUAUGAAGAUGACCCAGAGCUCACAGCCCAGCUCCAUCAGACUUUGGCAGAUUUUGAUGCAAACCUUGCAGAUCACAUAGAUGUAGUCUCAGCAAAGGAGACAUCCUAUACCACGUCCACAAACAGUAAUGAGGUUCCGGUGUCUGUAGUGGACAUGGAUGUGCCAGUCACAGCCAUAGAUGAAGUACUGGAGGACUAUGAACGCCACAUUGUAGAAAAUGAGUCAGCUAGCAGCAAAGGUCCAGGCUUUUCUCACCAGUCCAGUGUGGAGCCAAAGAACAAAAACAACAAUGCGUGUACAGCUGCUGACAGUAAUAAAAGCAGCAGGGCAAAUACUAAGCAGCCGUCUCAACCCGAGCAGCAUGGGAAGUCAUUGGAGAACAAGUUUAUCGGUGAUAAAAAGGAAAAAAAGAUGCUAGAAGCAAAAAUGAAAGAGAUGCCUGUCACUGAUAGCAACAGUGUGAAAGAUGAUAAACAAAGAACAACAUCAGCAGUAAAAUCUGAUGUAGACAUGCAGAAAUGCAGCAAGAGCACUGAGAGGAAACCUGAUCCUGUGAAAGGUAACGCUCAAACUGUUCAAGAGAAGAAACCCGUUCAGAGAUCAGUACUGUCUGCAGAGAGAGAUGAAGAGAUGCACAGAGUUUACCAAAAGAACUCCAGCCCGAAUACUUCACAUGGUCAAAUAACUCGUAACGUCACAUCACGCUUUGGUAUGAAAACUUUCACCGUGGUCCCUCCCAAACCUUCUGCCCUGUAUGCUGCUACGGAAGAGCCAGCUGUCAAAUUAACUGUCGGUGCCAUUAAGAUUGACGAUCAAGGAAACAUGGUGAAAGGGGGUAUCUCUCGGAACAAAGUUGGUGGUUCAUCAGAGUCUGGAAUUAAUUCCAGUGAGGGGUCUCCUCUUCUUGGAAAAGCCAAAGCUUUUUGGAGCUCAAACGAGAGACAAGAAAGUUCCGUGCCCCUCAGCAAAGAUCUCAUUGAUAAGGCUAAAGAGAGCACAGAUGUAAGUACUCCCACUGCAAGCUUCGUAACUACUUUCAAGAGCAGUUACACUGAGGACCUGAAAACCACGCAAACGUUACUUUACAAACCUGUAGAGAGAGCCCAGCCUAAAGAGAUGGUUAAGGAAGAAGCGAAAGAACAGGCGAGAGCUGUCAAAGCUGCAAAAGAAGAGCAGGUCGAGGUGGAGAGCAAGAUUUCAGUGUCCAAAAACAUUUACCAGCCAAGUAAUAAACCCACCCUUCCCCCUCCUAUCCUUCCAGACCUGAAGAAAGAACUGUGCUUCCUCAAACCCUCCAGGCGAACCUCAAGCCAAUACGUGGCGUCAGCCAUCACUAAGUACACCCCAAAGACAUCAGCUAAACCCAGCUCCAUCCCCACUGUGCAUGAAUCCUCUGCUUCUUUGAAGUCACAGACUGUCGGUUUCCAGAGAUCAGGUCGCUCCAUAAAAGUGAAUCCACACCAAUCUUCCCAGUCAUCUUUUUCAGAUAAUAAGGAGAAUCACUCUGCUUCUAAAUUCAACCCACCUGGUUCUAAGAGGUCUAUGAGCUACCCAGAGUAUGUGUCGGACAGCCAGAGAGAUUUUGAAGAAGUGAGACCGGACAGGGGAGGAUUUGGAAGUUGUGUUGGAUCCACCAAAGGAAGCUUUAACACGCUGGAAACAGAAACAGCGAAGAAUAGGCACAUUCAGCCUAGUGGCCCAACCCAAAAUAAUACGAUCGCCAGUAAUGACAUCGAUAAUAUUCAACAAAUUCGGCUCAGAAGCCCCAGCCCUGCACAAAGGAGUCCUCUAUAUUCAUCUGCCAAACCACCUACAGCCCCCAAGAAUGUAUCCCAAGGCCAGACAAGUCACACGAGGGACACGACUAAGGCAGCCACUCAUCCAACACCUGAUGCAAAACUACAACCGUCUGUCACAGUGUCAGACACAGCUGUGACCCCUGGGCCUCCGCCGGUAACGGUGUUUGGGCCAGUGAAAAAGUUCAGACCAGUGAUCUCUAGGUCUCUUGAGAAAGACACGUCUCUGCAUAGCAGCCUGAUGGAGGCAAUCCAGACAGGCGGCGGCAGGGGCCAGCUCAAGAAGCUAACCACUCCUGGUCCCAGCAGCAUGAAGAAAGCAACUUGUGAUGAGGAGGAGAAUGACAGGUCUGCUUUCCUGGCUGCCAUCAGAGCCCAGAGCAGCUCGGGAAAGCUGAGGAAGACCAAAUCUGAGGCUGCUGGUGAGCUUGAGAAGUCCAAGAAGGUGACAGUGGAGGAGAAGAGAGGGGGGAGGAACUGCACCUCUCCUCCCUCUUUGACUUACACUACCGUCCUCACCCCACCACCAGCAUCUAUAAAUGCACCACCUCCUCCUCCUCCUCCUCCUCCUGUCUUCUUGCCCCAGGGUAAGCCUAGCACUGUGGCAAGUGCUAACGCCCUCAUUAACCCUGCCUUGGCCAGGGAGGCUAUGCUGGAUUCUAUCCGCACUGGAUCUGCUGCUGAGAGGCUAAAGAAGGUCGCUGCACCCACAAAGACAAUCCAAGUGAAUGGCAGACUGGGAACAAUCCAAGCAACCUCCUCAACACUCCCUCAGCACUAGGAGGGGAUGUCCACAUCACCGCAACAAGGAACACACUUAUUAUCAUUAUUACUCCUUCAUUUCAGGUUGUUGUUGUUUUUUUUGCCAUUCUGCUUUUGCAUUAGACAUUUGGAAAACUGGAUUGAGUCACAUUUUGAACAUUUUUGGGUAACUUUAUCAAACACAUUACACAAAUUAUGAUAAAUCAAAUCAAAAUAAAGAAUGAUUUCUACAUGCCAUCGAGAUAAACUAGAUUAUUCAAAAAGGGCUUCACAGCUCUGACCACCGUUCUGGGGCCUUAUGCUUAAACUGAUGCACUAAUGCUCAAAUCAUUUUGUAUAUAAAGGGAAGGAUUUAAGCGCUGCUUCUAUGUGUGUAUGUUGAAUGUUGCUCUCUUAGUAGCCAAACACCGGUAACAUAUGUCUGAUAAAGGUGUCACAGGUGAAAGGUUUGCAGGUAAUUCCACUUAUAAUAUCAGAUCUAUCAGUAAGCUUCUCACAAUAGCAUGUUGGAAAGAGUUCAUGUCCGUCUUUAUAACAUAUUGCUGUUCCUAAACAUAUCUUGCCAUCUGUACUUGAAUUCAGUAGUUUUAACUGGAAUGUUGUACAAAAUGUGUGCCAAUGAAAGAAAAUUUAAAUGGUUGACGGUACUUUCUAUACUUCUUUUGUUCUGUUUUUUUUUUCUUUUUUUACCACAGUUAAGUUAUGGACACCUUAUACUGUUGCUCAGUCAGUGUUAUGUAUAUGAUUGCUGUAAAGAUUCUAUAUGGGGUGCAAUAAGUUUGAUCUGAUGAUGUUUCCAGAUUUGAACUACUUAUUAUUAACUUACGACAACUGAUAACUUAAAUACAUUUAUGAAAAUAAUGGAUAGAUCCAUUGACAAUGUUUGAUUUCUUUGUGUAAAAGUGUAUCUUAUCCAGACCUGGUCCAUAUAAUGCCAACUUCUACAGUUCUUGGCUCUGAGGAGGAGUAAGACAGGUGGUGACUGACAUGUGCCUUUUUAGCUCAACAUACGCCUGUUUAAUCUUCUAACCUUAAUUUGUGCUGUUGUUUAAAAUCUAAAGACAUUGUCAUACAUGGUCAGUGCCCUGCAGACACGCAUACUUGUACAGAAGCGAUAAGACUGACUGUGCCUUUGAUGCUAUAUAUACUCGAGAAAUGAAGAGGAACAUUUCCUUUCCUUGACAUUUCAACAUAUCUGAAGCACUGUUAUUGAAGUAUAUCAAUGGUGGAUGUCACCAUGAGCAAAGAGAUUAGUUAACCAAUCAACACGUCACUACAUGUAUGUAAUGGCUGUGUAAUACAAACCACUAGUCAUAGGAAAGCUGUGAGAAAGCAGUAGUUAAGGUUGCCUUGAUUUAGGCAGGUGUUAUUGCAUUCCAUUGUGCUCCACUGUAGGUGAAGUUUACAGUGUGGCCUAGCUAUGGUUGAUGGAGGGAGAGUGGACCACUGCCAUUAAAUGGUAUCGUUAUGGAGAAAAACCUAGAGCAUCCAUAUUCAGGUGUAAAUGCUUGCUGCUGUGGAUUGAGUUCUGCUCAGUUUCAACACUCAAAACAAAUAUUCUACUGUUGCAUGUUUAACCCUGAGAGUGAAAACCCUUUUCUUUCUCUAACUAGUAGGGAUUGUUUCAUUUUCUGCUAGAUGGUUUCAUCUACACGCAAUAGCCUGCAGCACAUUGUAGCAUUGUAUAUUUUGUAAACUAAAGAAAGAUCAUUGCUGUGAAAGAUUUCAUUUAAAUCUUCAAUAGAGAGCUAUUUCACUGAUAGUGUGAACAUUUUGUAAGCUAUUGCUUUUAAAGUUUUAAGUGCACAUUGUUUUUGGGAAGGUUGCAGAUUUAUUUUUGUCUACCCUAAUUUUUGAGUCAAUAAAAUGUUUUGCAAUCAACUGAAAACUGACUUGAAGCUGACAUUCCUGUAUUUAAGCUUUAUUCAAUAAGAAUUAGCAUGUUCUUUCCUCAAGCAUGUGCCUGUGCCAUUCC